AUAUUUCCCACUCCCACAGCCUAUUUUUGUGUUCUAAUGUUGGCUAUAGUUUUUCAGUUCGAAAUUGGCACUACUGCGCAAAUUACGAAAUGUCAAUUUUGUUAUAACCUUAAAUGUAAACUAAAUAUUUAUUGUAAAAAUUGUAUAUUUAAAUAUUUAAUUUAACAAUGGCAGAUACUCUACCCUCUGCCAUUGAACAGGAAUUGUUAGGUAUUAAAAAUCUUCUCUGGGGCAACGAAAUUAAACUAGACAUUUUUAAAAGAUGGUCACAAGGCUUUUACUUUAGCAAGAAUGAACAAAGUGCUUUAGAACAAACAGAGGGAGGGCCUUGUGCAAUAAUAGCUCCUGUUCAGGCAUUUAUACUCAAAAACCUUUUAUUAGACUACAAAGAUCUUUCAUUUCGAGAAAAGGUUAAUUUAGAGCUCCAAAAUCACAGUUUGGUAUCAGCUCUCUGUGAAAUAUUGAGACAAUGUAAUAUCCGGAAGUAUUAUGUAGUAUAUUUAAACAGUGAAUUUAGUGCAGCAGUCAACCAAGCAGAACUAAAAUGUGAAGCAGAGUCAAGUAAAGCUGUAGAAAAUUUAGAAAUAGAUCCUGCUAGGUUUCAUGAUGGCCUCAAAGUACAUAGUUAUCAGUGCCUAGAUGAAGUUAAAAACUAUUAUUGUGAGAACAUCACAAAAUUAAGAGCACAGUAUGGCAUUUUAUUGUUUUUAUAUUCUGUAAUAGCUUCAAAGGGUUUAGAAAUAGUAAAAUCUGAGUCAGAUACUCAGGAUCCUUUGAUAGAUGAGACGUAUGGCUAUGGUAGCCAAAGCCUUAUAAAUUUAAUGAUAACUGGUAGGGCAACUACUUACGUUUGGGAUCACCAUGAAGAUGUUGGAGGUUUGAAACUAUUAGGAAUUGAAAGACAAAGUCAAAUAGGUUUUAUAACUGUUAUGGAAUACCACAGGUAUUGUACAGUUGGGUCAUUUUAUAAAAAUCCAACCCAUCCUGUUUGGGUAGUUGCUUCAGAUACACAUUUAACAGUGCUCUUCAGUGAUGAAAGGAAAUUAGUAAGUCCGGAAACCAAAAGUGAACAAGCCAGACGAGUUUUCAAAAGUUUUGAUCCUCACGGAAAUAACUUUAUUAGUUCUGACAAAUUGCAGGAGGUGCUUCAAAAUUUAGACCUUGUAAGCGAACUUGAAUACGUCAAUAUAAUGAAGAAAAAAUUAGAUAACGAAAAUCUAGGUAUAAUUUUAUUAAACGCUUUCAUGGAUGAAUUCUUUCCCAAAGAAGAAUCGUCGACUCCAGACAUGUUUACUCUCGUUCAUUAUAACGGACUCGCCAGGAGUAAUGUCAAUAGUCAAGUCCACUAUCACAUAGGCUCUGCCAUUCUUCUUGAAUCCGAUAUCAAAUCGGUGUGCGAAUCAAACCCAAUGCUUACCGUACUACAGACGAAGUGGCCAAACAUUGAAGUGAACUGGUGGGACAACAUUACACCAUCUCUUAACUGAAAUCAAAAAGCAGUUUGUUUUUUAUGAAAAAAAAAUCCUCUCCCUAAUCAUGCGCAUUUAUUAAUCAUAUAUAUUUAAUUUAAUCCGUUACGCAGUUCAAUAAAUUUUUUAUUUUGCAUUAAUAUACGAAUUUUUGAAUAAUCUGUGGACGACUAUUCUACAAACGAAAAACCUAUGUAAUACAAGAACUUAUACUUAAUAAAAACAACACUUUCUGUUGUUUAUUCGCUCCAUGCGUGACCAUGGUGGGGGUACAUGAAACGAUGCUAGCGUGAGGAGCGGCGAAAUAUGACAAUUUUGGCGAUUCUUUGUAAUGUCAGUGUCAUUUUAUAACACAUUUUAUCAAAAAUGGUAAAUAAAUGUUGCGUAAGUAUUUAAUUGUGCUAAUAAUAGCAAAAAAAGCGUAAUUUCUAUAGAUCGCCAAUAAUGACAAAUCAAUUAGAGAAAGAUUUAACCUAGGCGGAAUAAACUCAAAAGAGUACAGUCAUUGAAGCGUAAAAUAGGUUUUUACCUUCGAAAUUUUUUACUAUGAACCGAUUUACAUAAGAUUUUGGAAUUAGGCUUAUCGUACCUUAACUUCAAAAGUGAUAUUGACCCGAACUCCGUUUUUUAUUUUAAGGGGUGAAAACAACCCCUUAAUGGAAAAAUUGACAUUGAGCCAUUUUAUCGCCAAGAAAUGUGUUUAAUAAUAAAGAGUGACAUUGUGAAGUGUUUUCUAACACAAUAACCUCAUGUUAAACUCAUUUUCAUCACCUUGAAAACCCCGCACAACCCUUGCAAACAACCCCUAAAUCGAAAAAAAUUACACAAAUUAAUUUAGUAUGACAUAAAAAGAUUUAAAUAUAGAGUAAAUGAUGUUUUACCUUCUCUAUAUUAAUUAUCAUAUUGUUAACCCCAUUUCAACCCUUAAAAACAACCCCUAAAUAGAAAAAAUUUACAAAAAUUAAUUUGGUUUGACAAGAAAACCUUAAUAUAGAGUAAAUAAUAUUUUACGUUCUCUAUCUUAAUUAUUUAAUUGUUAACCCCUUUCAACCCUUAAAAUCAACCCCUCGAUUAAAAAUUGUAUAAAAAAUUUCUUUUGAAAAACUAAAACACAAUUUUAAUAAGAUAUAAUUAAAACAAAACAGUUUUUCACUGUUCUUACAUUUUUUUAUUAAACAAAAUGUUGAAAUCAGGAUUCUAGUUAAAAUAUUUAAUUAUAUUAUAAACACGUGCCUAUUCCUUUGUAGACGGAAAUAUACUGGUCACAAGGUCACAUUAUAGAGCAUACAUAUUUAAGAAAUUCGUAACGGAAAAAUGGAGCACGCACAGUAGACCACCAGCAAUACACAUGCUUACCUUCCAAAAAUUCACGCUCCGAAAUGUUUAGUGUACUAAGUAGAAAAAAAUACGAUUAGUUUUUGGGCCAUAACUACUUCAAUUUUGAAGCUAUCACAACUUAUAAAAACCAUUUUGAAGGUAAUUAAAAGAGCUACAACUUUGUUCAUCAUAAUAUGUAGUGAAAAACCUUUUAUUUUGAAACGGUGCUCGAGAUGCAGUUAAAGGGCUCGAGAGAGACUGUGGUUGCGCUACCACGCGCUCUUUAAUCAAUCAUAUCUUCGUCAAUUUUAGUGUGAUUGGAAAAACAAACAAAGCAAAUUUUUUGUCAAAAAAAAACCUAUUUUUCUUAAUAUUACACUUUUUUACGUAUCUUUCAUUAUUUUUGAGAUAUUAUGAAAAGAAGGUGGUUUUUUUAAAAAUUCGAAAAUUUUUUUUCUUAAAAUCGUGAUUUUUUCAAAAAAUAUUUGUUCCAAAGCCGCGAAACUGCUAGAAUCCAUCAAACUCUUUAUAUCAAAGUUGAUUCUAGACGGAAUACGAUUAAUUUUAAUUUUGGUGGAAAUGGCACUUAUGAAAUCCAUUGAUUUAAAAAGAAAAGCAAUUAAUGUUCCUCUUUUUUUUUCAUUACAGCUCACUCAUUUUACGUACAAAAGACUUUUAACAGUACUCAUUUUAAAGCCUAUUUUAAACACUAUACAAUCAUUUCUCAUUAGCAUGCAUAAAAUUUAUUCGAUCUCCGCUAGAUGGCAUUGAAUACAUCCAUUAAAUUUCACACAAAAUAAAAAACGGCUUUGAUCUUCAAUAUCUCGCUUAAUGUUGCACUUAGAACCACUCUUUAAAAACCAAUUUGUUCAUUUUUUUAUCUGCUACAAUUUUGUUCAGUAUAAUAUUAUCGUCAAAAUGCAUAUUUUUGGAGAUAUUUGCAAAAAACUUGAAAAUCGUGAGAAAAUUCCGAAUUUUCAAUUGCCAAUAACUUGAAAAGUAUUGGGGUUUUGAAAAAACUAUAUAUAACAUUUUUUGCUUAAAAUUAGGUCUUCUGUCGAUAUCUGAGGUUAUUUUGAAAAAAAAAAUUUCCACCACCGAAAAGGGGUGGCAACCACCCCCUGGGUGAAAACUGAGUUCGGGUCACUUUUGAAGUUAAGGGUAGGAUAAGCCUAAUUCCAAAAUUUCAUGUAAAUCAAUUUAUAGUAAAAAAUUUCUGAGCUAAAAAGCUUCAAUGAUUGCAAUAAGACAGAUCCACACCAAAUAAUGUUACUAUAAAAAUCACCCGAUUAUUCUUUUUUAGUUGACUAUGUAGGACUUCGACGGUAAUCCAGUAAUCAGUAUCAGACAACUUAUAGGACUAAUAAAAAUUCGCUAGAGUUCUAAAAACAACAGUUUUUUUUAUAUACAUAAAUGCAGACUAAAAAUUUAAAAAUUAAAGAAAUAACUCACAAAACACAAACAUCGCCGAUAUAAUUAAUUAACCUAAGAAAUUUAAAGCGAAUAGUCCCAAAAUUUCAUAAAUGUUAAUAGUGCCAAAAUUUUAUAAUUUAGUGGAGUAAACUUGCCUGCGGUUGGACCAAUUACAAACAACCAUUACAGUGCGGUAAAUUUGAAUUACUCCUCCUAGUUUAAAAACGAUGAUAGAUUUUCCCUUUUUGUUCUGUUUGAGAUUGAAAAGAUAAAUUAUUGUGAUGCAUUUUUAGAAACCCAGUUCUUAAUACUACAUCCAUUUUAUACAUAAAUUGGAAAAGUAUCGUUAAAAAACUAAUUAUUAAUAAUUUGGUUUUAUGUAUUUAUUAUACGCUUAACUUCAAAUUUGGGUCGCCAAAAAUGUCAGGUGACGACGCUAGGUGUCGCGUCAGUCAUGCACGGAGCGAAUACUGAAAUGCCGACGCCAUUUUAUUUAUUUUGUAUUUUGGUGUUUUUGAUGUUUUUUUAUUCAAAAAAUUGUUUGGUUAGAUAAUGGCAGCUGUUCUGCUAUAAGCAUAAAUAUUCCGUUUUACAGUAUUGGGUAUUUUAUGUAUUUUGCUGGUGUUUCCAUGCUUCCUUGAGUUCCGUUGCACGAUUUUCUUUCAGUUACUUUAUUAAUUCGUGCUUGUUCUACUGUUGAAUGACGUGAAUGACUUUCUUUGUUGUUUGGUCUCUUUUUGAAAAUCUUCUGUUCAAAUCCAAAACUAGAUAAAAAUUUGUAUAAGCUUAUCAAACAUUUUUUAAGGUUCCUUUUUUCUUGCGUUAUUGAUAGUGCAGCCGAUAUUAUGUGAAACAAUUGUGCAUUUAGUGAUAGAAGUAUAUAAUUUGGACUAAAUAUACUGCACAUAUAAAGGUUCAAAUUUAGAUAUGAGACCAUCUCAGAUUUUGCCUUUUACAAAAAUGGCGGUGAUUCAAAAUGGAGACUAUACAUUGUGACUAAUAGCACGAUAACUUUUGAACGAGACUUCAGAUUUCAACCAAAUUUGGCAUAUAGGUUCUUUUUUUGAUGUAUAAGAUCGAAGUCUUGAACCGGAAGAAUCGGUUUACCAGAAGUUGUGUUCCUGAUUUUUAUGUAAAAACAUGCUGUUUUUUUUUCAAUUCUUUCACCCUGUAUAUAUUAAUUUUUCAAAAAGUUAAUACCACCAUUGAAAAGAGCGUAAAAAUAUUUUUCAGGAAAUAUUUUUAACUAUAAAUAUAAACAUACUAUAAAUAUAACAUAACUAUUAAAUAUAAAUAUUUUUAGUUAUGUUAAUUACCAUUUAAUAAAUGCACAUGUUGUUUUUAAACGUAUCUUCACAUGUACCUAUAUGCGGCAGAUUCGUGCAAAUAUUAUAAGAAUUAUUGUGCAUUUAAUGGUAGAAGCAUAUAAUUUGGACUACGUAUACUACACAUAUAAAGGUUCAAAUUUAGAUACGAGGCCAUCUCAGUUUUUGUUCCUUUUACAAAAAUGGCGACUAUACAUAUGUGACUAAUAGCACGAUAACUUUUGAACGAAACGUCAGAUUUCAACCAAAUUUGGAAUGUAGGUUCUUUUUUUGAUGAAUAAUAUCGAGGUCUUGAACCGGAAGAAUCGGUUUAGCAGAAUUUGAGCUUUUACUGUUUUUUGUACGUAAUAAUAUGCUGUUUCUUUUUCAAUUUUUUCACCCUGUAUAUAUAAAUAUUUCAAAAAGAUAACGCCAUUGAAAAGAGUGUAAAUAUAUUUUUUAGGAAAUAUUUUGAACUUUUCAGUUGUGUUAAUUACUAUUUAAUAAAUGCAUAACGUAUAUUCACAUGUACCUAUGGGCGGCAGAUUCAUUUUGAAUGCCCGCCAUUUUUGUAAAAGACUAAAUCUGAGAUGGCCUCAUAUCUAAAUUUGAAUCUUGGUAUGUGUAGUGUGUGUGGUCCAAAUUAUAUGCUUCUACCAUUAAAUGCACAAUAAUUCUUAUAUUAUUAUUUGCACGUAUCUGCCGCACAUAGGUACCUACAUGUGAAGAUACGUUAUGCAUGUAUUAAAUGGUAAUUAAUAUAACUAAAGAGUUCAAAAUAUUUCCUAAAAAAUAUUUUUACGCUCUUUUCAACGCCGGUAUCACCUUUUUGAAAAAUUCAUAUAUACAGGGUGAAAGAAUUGAAAAAGAAACAACAUAUUUUUACAUAAAAAAAAAACAGUAAAAACAAAUUCUGGUAAACCGAUUCUUCCAGUUCAAGACCCCGAUAUUAUUCAUCAAAAAAAGAACCUAUAUACCAAAUUUGGUUGAAAUCUGACAUCGCGUUCAAAAGUUAUCGUGCUAUUAGUCAUAUAUGUAUAGUCGCCAUUUUGAAUGCCCGCCAUUUUUGUAAAAGGAACAAAAACUGAGAUGGCCUCGUAUCUAAAUUUGAACCUCUAUAUGUGUAGUAUAUGUGGUCCAAAUUAUAUGCUUCUACCAUUAAAUGCACAAUAAUUCUUAUAAUAUUUGCACGAAUCUGCCGCAUAUAGGUACAUGUGAAGAUACGUUUUGCACUUAAUAAAUGGUAAUUACCAUAACAAAAAAGUUAAAAAUAUUUCCUAAAAAAUAUUUUUACGCUCUUUUUAAUGGCCGUAUAAACUAUUUGAAAAAUUAGUACAUACAGGGUGAAAUAAUUGAAAAAAAAACAACAUAUUUUUACAUAAAAACCAGGAAAAACACAACUUCUGGUAAACCGAUUCUUCCGAUUCAAGACCUCGAUCUUAUACAUCAAAAAAAGAACCUAUAUACCAAAUUUGGUUGAAAUCAGAAGUCUCGUUCAAAAGUUAUCGUGCUAUUAGUCACAUAUGUAUAGUCGCCAUUUUGAAUCCCCGCCAUUUUUGUCAAAGGCAAAAUCUGAGAUGACCUCCUAUCUAAUUUUGAACCUUUAUAUGUGUAGUAUAUGUGGUCCAAAUUAUAUGCAUUCUAUCAUUAAAUGCAAAAUUCUUAUAAUAUUUGCACGAAUCUGCCGCACUAUGAAUGAAAUACUGCAUUCAACGUUGCGUGCAUUGAGGAGCAAAAGAUACACGUUCUUUCUAACUCUCCUAUUCCUAUUAUUACUAUUCGCACUAACAUUCGAAAGACAUGCAUAGUUCUAUAUUUUUAUAAUCAGCGUGCGAUGUUCACCAAAGUAUGACGUCUGCUCAACGUUCCACUGUCUGGAAACAACUGGGAAAUUAUAAAUUAAAAAAUACUUCGAAAAUUAAAAGAAAAAAAAUAAAUUACACCGAAAUAAAUAUUCUAUAGAUUAUAAUAUUGUUCUGAAGCUAUUUUCUUGUGGAUAUUAAUACAAUAUUUUUAUUGGAAAUUAGCCACAAUUUUUUUACUUUAAAAUAAGUUUAUUUUGACGCUUCGAUUUCCACUUCGGAAAUCGUUUUUAAAAUACAAAUUAAACAACUUUUGUUUUUGUAACUUGGUAAUAAAAAAAUUCUUUUAAUAAUUUGAUUUUAUCUGGGUCAUCCAUAUUAACAGUUCAGACAUAUAUUUUAAAGAGAUGACUUUAAAAUGAUAUUGUCAAUAUUUUUGAGUUGGGUUACUGGGACGACUUUAUUGAAAGAUAGUUCAUUCGAUUACGUGAAAUCACUUUAACUUACAAAUUCCCGUCAAAAAAACAAUAGCGUGUUAUUUGACAACCAAAUGCAAUGAUGAAAGUAAAAAUCUCCAGUUAGUGAUCCCAUAGUAAAUCAUGAGGAGAAAUCAGGAAAAAACUCAUGGUACUAUCUCGACAAGGUGAGUGGGAGAAGAGGGGAACAGUGUUACAUAAAUGCUUUUGUUCGAUGUCAUUUUGACAGUAUUUCAUUAAAAAUAAUUUUUUUUAAUAUCUUACAACCCGUUUGGAUUUGAGACAUACUAUGAUAUAAUCAACUACAGAAAAAACUUAUAUGAUUAGUCGGUACAAACGAUUUUGUAGAGAAAAUACAAGUGUAUCAUUGUGCCCCACUAGUGGGGAACAGUGUUAUACAGGAUGUUUGGUAAAGAAUGGGUCAUAGCUUAACCUUAGAUUCCUGAGCUUAAAAUAGGUCGAUUUAAGCUAACUUACCUUAGUACAAAAGUUGAUAAUUACCGAAAUACAGGGUGUCAAAGUUAAACUUUUAUUUUAUUUAUUUUUGAAUAUUUCCUGACAGGCAUUUGACAACAACACGAAAUUUGGUAAGUGGUGCUGGUAUUGUACAAUCUACUAAAUUAUGUUAACAAACGUUUCUGGAAAAUAAUAUCUGGAAAACUAAUGACUUUAUCGUUACAAAUGAAGAGUAUAUUAUUUUCAUAGAAAGUAUUGGAGUAUCUAAAAAUUAUGCUAAAAUAGCAGUCUCAUCAGUGGCGUAGAAUUUGGGAAGGGUCAACCAUUUACUUUCCCCUGUCGUACGCCUCUGGUAUUAACCAGAAACGAUUAUUUAAAAUAAUUUAGUGUGUACAGUACCUACACUUUCUGCCAAGUACCAUAAGGAUAUGUCAAAUUAUUUUAUAGUACCGGGCACACAUAGUUCUUAAAGUUUUAAAUAAAGAAUAAAUUAUUAAAAAAAAAUACUUUAAAAUAAUUUGACAUAUCCGUGUGAUACUUAUGGCAGAAAGUGUAGGGGCACUGUACACCCUACUAAAUUAUGUUAAAUAAUCGUUUUUGGCUACUACCAGAGGCGUACAGCAGAGGAAAGUGAAUGGUUGACCCUUCCCAAAUUCUACGCCACUGAUUAAACUGCUAUUUUAGCAUAAUUUUUAGAUUCUCCAAUAUUUUCUAUGCAAAUAAUAUACUCUUCCUUCGCAACGAUAAAGUCAUUGGUUUUCGAGAUAUUUGAAAUUAAAAAUGAAAAGGUACACUUAUUUUGAUUAAUGUAUUAUGCUCCUUCGUUUUUAGCUUUAAAUAUCUCGAAAACUAAUGGCUUCAUCGUUUCGAAUGAGGAGUAUGUUUUUUAUUAUAAAAUAUUGGAGAAUCAAAAAACUGCACUAAAAUAGCAAUUUCGCCAGUGGUGUAGAAUUUGUGAAGGUUCAACCAUUCACGUUCCCCUGUCGUACGCCUCUGGUAGUAGCCAGAAACGUUUGUUUAACAUAAUUUAGUAGAUUGUACAAUACCAGCACCACUUACCAAAUUUCGUGUUAUUAGCCUAGGCCUGUUAGGAAAUAUUCAAGAAUAAAUAAAAUAAAAGUUUAACUUUGACACCCUGUAUUUUUGGUUAUUAUCAACUUUAGUUGCCGAUGAAUCACUCCAAAAUAUAUGUGAAACCCUUAACAGCAUCAGAGAAGAACAUCUAAUAGAAAAGAAAGAGAUGAGAAAAAGUUGGAUGAACGACAAUAUACUACAACUUAUGGAAGAAAGAAGAAAAUCAAAAAACAACAAAAUAAUCUACAACACGAUUCAGAGACAAAUAAGAACUGAAAUAAGAAAGGCCAAAGAAAAUUGGUUAAAAUCACAGUGUAAAGAGAUAGAGUACACCGAGUACUCGGAGGUUUUCUGAGUUGCUGUUCAAAGAAAACGUUCAAAUUAGUAACAUUUUAUUUUGCUAUUUUACUUAGACUGUUUAUUAAUAUAACUAUGUUGUGCUAUACAAUUUUUUUAAUUGUUUAUAAAUAUAAACUCAAUGUAUAUCUGACAGCGUUUUUCCUUCAUUGAUUUCAAAAUCGAUUUACUAUAUUUUAUUUUGAUAGUGUGAUCCUUCGUGGUCACUAUAUACUCCAAAGUCUUUCAUGCUCCUUGAUAGAUCUCCGUUGUCCAUCAAAACAGCUAAAAUCAAAGAAUAUCUCGAGAAGUACAAAAACUACAACGAAUAAGACUAAUUUUAACAUAGAUCCUAAAAACAAUAUGUGGAUCAAUAAAUGACAAUAAGUCAUGGAGGAAAUGUUUUAAUUUGGAGCUAUACCACCUGUAUAUUGAGAACCAUAUAUCAUAAAAAAAAUUAAAAUCCAGAUUGAGAUGGAUGGGACAUGUUUUAAGAAUGAAAGAUGAAGACUUGGUGCGAAAAUCGAUAUUUGAAAAAUCUGUAGGAUAGAUGGAAGAUGACAACAUGGAAGAUAAAAAACAACGGUUCCUGGACGACUUGGAAAAGCUCAUCUACAAGUACUGGGGAUAAUGAUAUGGAGAAUAACGAGAGAGCGCUGAAAGGAUCUUUGAAUGGUAGCCAAGUCUUACUAAGGGCUGUAGAACUGUAACGAAAAAUAAAAAUCUGUAAAAUAUAUUUAUUGAAACCAAAAACUGGAUGGUCUUAAAAAAUUAGUUCGUUUUGUUCAUAAAAAAAUUCACCCUGUGUAUGGUUUUUAAAAACUCUAAUAAGUCUAUUAUUUAACUCUAAAUACUUAAUAAUAGGCAAUUCACCUAAUAAAACUUAGGCACAAAAAUCUAAAAAGACAACGAAAUCAAAAUUAAAAAUUGUAGCAGAUUUUCGAAAUGAAAUCCACAAAUUUGUUGUGUGAACAAAAAAAACUAAUUUUUUAAAACCGCCCCUGAUUUUUUUAAACAUCAAUGAAUCAGUUAAUUAGGGGGUCCCUGAUUUUUUUAGUUUCAAUAAAUCACAGUUUACCACAAUAUGAGACAAUUCGAAAUUAUUCCUAAAACAUUUUGACCAAAAGAAAUAUCAGUCAAAAUUCACAACUCUCUCGGUAUAUUAUAAAACAAUGGGAGCAGACAGUUUUUAAUGGACAUUUAACAUUCCUAAUAGGGUCUUCAUAUGAGAUGAGUAUAUACAAUUCCUGAUGACACCCUUUAUAACUUCACGAUAGCCAUGGCAGGAUCUUGAGUAUAAAAAGUUAUUUUUCGAUAGUUUUCGUCCAGGUUUUACAUAGAUCCUAAAUCGCUUGAGGCCAAACCUGAGAAAAAAGUUCAAAAUUACCCGUUAGGUAAUAGGAAUUUAUUGAGUAUAUACCGUUUUUGCUCAAUAUCUCCGCCAUUUUCAACUUUUCGACAAAAAGUGUAAGGACUGAAAUUGUUGAAAAUACGAUUUCCUAUAAUUUAGUGAAAAUAGUGACAGAGCAUAAUUAUUAAACUAUCUCGUUUAUUAUUAUUUUUACAAUGAAAAUAUACCUAUACAAAAAUGGAGAGAAUUAAAUUUUAUACAAUUUUGGUCUAUAUCAUUUUUUUGUCAAAAUCAAUAUUAAAGGUAGAACGUAUGCGGUAAAAGUGCGAGCGUAAGACCUGAUUGGUUUUAUAUCAGUUGUUUUUGUUUAAUAUCUUCGUCAUUUUCAACUUUUCCUAAAAAAUGGUAGGAACUGAAAUUGUUCCAAAUAAAUCGUAUUUACAAUUAUUACAAUUUCUUUUUAUCAAUGUUUGUCGUGAGGUCGAUAUUUUCCGAGUUAAUUGUACUUACAGUAGACGGGCAUAUUUUUGACUCUGAUAUUAUUGCAUAUAACUUUUUUUUGUAUUGUAAAACUACAAAAAUCCUUUUAACCCGUUCAAGUCCUGUGUUUUGGCUAUAUAUAGGCAAAUUUUCAGCCAAAUCGAAGAUGAUGUACCUAUUUUGGGAAUGAAGGAAAAUGUAAAAAACGGUAUUUUAACGUUUUCUACACUCAAAUUUGAUCAAACACUUUUUUGAAAUCAAAAUAACUUGUUAUAAUGACUCAUCAUGACAUUUUUGAGUCCCUUCUAUUAAAACAUUGUUUUUUCCAUUGAUACUUUAUGAUGAGAUAAGACAGCGAAUGGGGGUUGACGGCUCUCUAACAACAGACAUAGAAAGAAAACAGCUGAUAUGGUACGGACACGUCCAGAGGAUGGAUAACUCAAGACUCCCUAAAAUAAUUAUGCAAUGGGUACCACCAAACCGCGGAAAGAGAGGAAGACCCAAGAAAUCUUGGAGAGAGGGAGUAACGAAGGCGAUGAGCGCAAGAGCUCUUAGAGAGGGCCAAUGGGAUGAUAGAGUGUCAUGGAAAUUAGGCGUCGGACAACGUCGCAAGACGUUUUAAAACCGAUUAAUAUAUAUACUUUAUGAUAAAAUAUACAAAUUUGUUUAAAAAUCCAAAUCACUGUAAAAUCGCUAAAAAUGAUAUUUUGAGAAAAAAAGAAGACUGUUCGGGCUUCAAUGUAUCAGCUCGGGCUUAUUUUUACGUUCCGCAGAAGCUAUACACCAAGUUUUAGACAAAUCGGAGAUCCAAAAGUAUUUUAUAUCCAAAAUUGAGUGGUUUGAAAUGGAAUCACCCAUAUACAGGGUGGGCCAAAGAAAAGAGUCCACCUCGAUAUUUGGCAGUAGUUAUUAGAUUUUAAGGAAAUGCCGAGACAGGUAUUUUUAAGGUGCAAUUUUUUGAUAUAUAUAUUUCAUACUAAUGACGUCAUCAUCUGGGCGUGAUGACAUACAUAAUCGAUGAUUUUUUUUAAAUAUGAAUAGGGGUCGUGUGGUAGCUCAUUUAAAAGCGUGUUUAAUUCUCUAUUCAGUAAUAUAAACAUUAAUAUCAUUAUUUAUACAGUGACCAAAAAAAUAAUUUUUGAAUUAAAUUAAUUGACGCAAAAAGAAGAAUGGAUGUAAUUUAUUUAAGACAAAAUACAUUCUAUUGCUGUCAGAAAAUAGAAAAAAAUGUUUAUUUGCCAAAUAAACAUUUUGUUGUUUAUUUGGGUUUAUAUGACUACGAACACUAAAUCCAUUCGCCAAAAAUAUAAUAAACAUUGCUUUCCGCUUAAAUUAAAUGUUCAAACUGCUAAGAAGUAGGUGGGAUGCUGUUUGUGAUUUCAAUUUAAGCGAAAAAAAAAAUGUUUAUUUGUGAAAUAAACAUUUUUUUCUAUUUUCUGACAGCAGUACAAUGUAGUUUGAGUUAAAUAAAUUACAAAAAUUAUUGUUUUUGUUAACUGUGUAUACGCUAUGAGCUCGUAGGUAGAGGGGAUAAUUAAAAAUUCGCGAGCGCCAGUAGUGAUAAGUCUGUAAGCUUUUACUGGAAAUUUGACAUAAAUGUCAAAGUGAUUAAUCUAAAACAUUGAAAUUAUACCCUAUUCCACGAAUAUACGACUGUGUUGGAUUAUUUCGACAAAUAAAUUGCAAAUUACAUAUCUGUUUAUUGGAAUAAUUAUUAGAGCCAUUUACUUUCGUACUUCUUAUGUUGCACACUGAAAUAUUCGUUGUCGCGAUAAUCUAAGACAGUCGUAUGUUGGUGGAAUGAACCAUAAAAACAUUAAUAGGAAAUAAUAUUAGUUGGUCAAAACGGUGGUGUAUAUUUUUACCUUAAAUAUACUUACGUUUUAAAUACUGAAUUUAAGUUUUUUUAAUAUUUCGUAAUAUGUAUCUAAUUAAAAACUAAUCUAAGAGCCAUCUACACGAGAAUUGUGAAAGUAUCCGAAGUAAGAAAUUAAUAUUUCAUUAAUAGAACGUUAAAAUGAUUAGCAAAAUCUUUAAAAAAUCGAUUACAAUUUAAUUACUUUUUUGCGUUGUAAAUAUUAAGCGAUAACAAAUAAUAAAUUUAAAAAUUACCGGUGAAAGUUGCAUUAGUAAUCCGCUAGGAGCGACAUCAGCGAAGCUCAGAGCGUAUAAAUAAGUAAUGAUAUUAAUGUUUAUAUCACUGAAUAGAGAAUUUCCCUUUCAAACGAGCUACCACACGAUCUAUUCUCAUUUAAAAAAAUCAUCGAUUACGUCAUCACGCUCAGAUGGAUGACGUCACUAGUAUGAAAUAUAUGCCAAAAAAUUGCAAUAUAAAAAUCGGCCUGUUUCGGCAUUUCCUUAAAAUCUAAUAACUACUGCCAAAUAUCGAGGUGGACUCUUUUCUUUGGCCCACCCUGUAUAUUCCCCUGUUUAAUUAAAUUUUUCUAUAAAUAACUUUGACAAUAGGUACCUAAAAUUCGAAUAACCACGUCUCAACUAGAAAUUAUAACUAAUACAAUUCAGUCAGUUUAUUGAGCGAAUAAAUAAUUUUUUACUCCGUGAGCAGUUCACAGGUUAUUCAAUCAAAAAGAUUUUUUAUUCAAUUUUAUAUAAUAUUGUCAGUUUAAAGGAAGCCGAGCAGCUUUAUACGAAUAAUGAAAAUGUACCUGAUACAGGGACGAUAAAGCAUCGUGAUUUGAAUAAAGAAUUUUACCAUUGCCA